AUGAGCAACUCACCUCAAGAGAGCUGGCGUGCCGCGCUCCAGCACAAUGUAGACGUCAUAAUCAAGGUGUCUGGCUUGAAUGUUCUACCGCACGAGGUCGAGGCAGAGCUGGAGGACGCGCAUGAGAGGCUUCGCGAGGCUGGAAAGGGUAUGGCGCGGGCCCUUGAGACCAUCGAGGCUUGCGAAGCUCAGGCCCAGAGUAUGAAGAAUCAGGAGGAAAUGGUGCGAACCCAAGCGGCAGAAAUCAAGCGCUUGAAUGCCAUCAUCGACGCCCUGCUCGCGGGCCGAGCCGCAGAGGGAGCAGACAAGCAAGCUGAUCGUUGA